AUGGCAAAAGGGGCAAACAAAAAGACCGCCUGGAAAGGUAUUCAAAAGAAAGCAAGCGACGCAGAUAGACCUGCUUCCAUUGCAUCUCAAGAUUCGCGCAAAACAGCCGAGUCAAAGGAUGAUUCAAAGAGAUCAAAGGAAGCUGUUACUCGAUCCAGAUCAUCUUCUUUGACCAGCGACAAUUUCGAAGACGCUCUCAGUGAAGAAGAAGAUGAGGAAGAAGACGAAGACGAUGAUUACUUUCAAGAUGAGGAUCCUGAGGAGGAAAAGAAGAAAAAGGAGGUUGAAAAGAUGAAAGAGAUGGCUAUUGCUCAAGACAAAAAACGAAGUACAUCUGCAAAGAACGAAGAGGUCAAGAAAGAGGAGCCACAAAUGGCUGUUGCUGAAGAGGAACCAGCCAAGAAGAACCCAUCCAGAAUGUCAUUUAUUUUGCCAGCUUUACAAAAUCAUGGAUUUUCUGAUGAGGACGACGAUGAUGAUGUUUCGCUGAAGGAUCCCAACGAGAAGGCCAUUCAAGAUGACACAAGAGAGGAAGUGGAGGGGAAGAACAAAAAGGAAGAUCAAGAGAAGCUUGCAGUGGGAUCGUCUUCAUCUUCAUCAGAUCUCAUUGCUGAGAUUGAAGCAUUGGAAGUGGCAUCAACACCCAUUACUGCUACUACAUCCCAGCCUACAGUUGCCGCUGAGAGUCCAGUCAUUGAAAAAGCAGUAAUAUCUGAAAAGCCAGCAACCUAUGAACCAAUUCCAGUAGAGAGACCUUAUGUUCCUCCCACGCCCUUUGCUGAUGUCCCUGAAUCCAAAGAGGAAGCACCAUUGGAAGCCGACAAACAAUCAAUUCCUGAUGAAGUUCACACGGUAAAGGAAGUAUCAGAACACAAGGAAGAAAGCAAGGCUACACCAACAGCGGUAGCAGCUUCUACGGAUGAGAUACCAGCUGUAAUUCCCACUGAUAUUGCUACUAAAGACACCCAGCUGGACACAGCAACAGCUAAAGAUACAGUACAGCAAGAAAUGGAAGAGUCUACAACAGUGGAACACGCAGACAGUAGUAAAUUCACUCAACAAACUGCCGUUAGAUCAACGCAUGGCGCUUCAGAUGCAACUCCAAGCGGUUCAAGCGAUGAAUCAGUGGCAACUCUACAUCAAGAGGAAGCUGUGCCUGAGAAGCCUACAUUCAACCAUUUGGCUGCCAUCUUACCUGCUGUGGAGGAAUCAGUGAAGAAUGUGACAACUGAGAAGCCAAAGGUUUCUGUAGACAAUGAUGCGCAUAUUCUGCCAGAGGACCAUGCUCGUGCAAAGUACAGCAGAGAGUUUGAAUACCCCAUCGAAGAUCCCAUUGAUUUGGACAUGUUCAAGGACAAUGUUAUUUCCAUCCAAGCGAUUGAUCCCAAGGAUAUUCCAGCCAACAACAUGAAGCCUUAUGAACAGGAAAAAGCAGGCAAGUCGUUCAAAGUGGAUUGGGCUUCAAAAAGGGAGACUGAAAAUAUAUGCUACAGAUGA